GAAACGUUCAGAGGAGAACCUCUCUUUAGUGCUUCGGAAGAAGGUGGGGAAAAAGGAUACUUCUUUAAAAAUGGCAAUGGUAUCAGAAUUCCUCAAACAGGCCUGGUUUGUUGAAAAUGAAGAGCAGGAAUACAUUAAAACUGUGAAAGGAUCCAAAGGUGGUCCUGGGUCAGCAGUGAGCCCCUAUCCUACCUUCAAUCCAUCCUCGGAUGUUGCUGCCUUGCAUAACGCUAUAACAGUUAAAGGUGUGGAUGAAGCAACCAUCAUUGACAUUCUAACUAAGAGGAACAAUGCACAGCGUCAGCAGAUCAAAGCAGCCUAUCUCCAGGAAAAAGGGAAGCCCCUGGAUGAAGCUCUGAAGAAAGCCCUUUCUGGUCACCUCGAGGAAGUUGUUUUGGCUCUAUUAAAAACUCCAGCCCAGUUUGAUGCUGAUGAACUUCGUGCUGCCAUGAACGGCCUUGGAACUGAUGAAGACACUCUGGAUGAAAUGUUGGUAUCAAGAACUAACAAAGAAAUCGGAGAAAUUAACAGAGUCUAUAGAGAAGAACUGAAGAGAGAUCUAGCUAAAGAUAUCACCUCAGACACAUCUGGAGAUUAUCGGAAUGCUCUGCUUUCUCUGGCUAGAUCUGAGGAUUUUGGCUUGAAUGACGACUUGGCUGAUUCAGAUGCUAGGGCUUUAUAUGAAGCAGGAGAAAGGAGAAAAGGGACAGAUGUGAAUGUGUUCAUUACCAUCCUUACCACCAGAACCUAUCCCCAUCUUCGCCAAGUGUUUCAGAAGUACAGCAAGUACAGUAAUCACGACAUGAACAAAGUCCUGGACCUGGAGGUGAAAGGUGACAUUGAGAAAUGCCUCACGGCUAUCGUGAAGUGUGCCACAAGCAAACCGAUGUUCUUUGCCGAGAAGCUUCAUCAGGCCAUGAAGGGUUCAGGAACUCGUCAUAAGACAUUGAUCAGAAUUAUGGUUUCCCAUUCUGAAAUUGACAUGAAUGACAUCAAAGCAUGCUACCAGAAAUUGUAUGGUGUCUCUCUCUGCCAAGCCAUCCUGGUAUGUUGUGAUUUUCAUAAUGCCACCUCCACAAAUGGCAGUCUUUUUGCAACUUCUCCAAAGAGAAAAUCUGACUUAUGUACCUGUAGAUUUUAG